GGUGUUCGCUAAGUUACCGUACCAUAAUGCGACUCGACACCGCCACGCUUGCACGCUGUUCAGCCAGAAUCCUGUUGGAUUCACUCACGCCAAUUUUUGUAGUGGAACUUAUUUAAUAUUAGGGCUACAAUGAAAUGGUCAACCUGCCGUUUAGUUUUCUUAUUUCUAGCUAUUGUCAAAACAUCAGCGUCAACAUUUGACUAUGAUUCGAUAGGAUAUAAUGCAACAAAAACAGAAGACUUUGAGUAUUUCCAGGAUAACAUCACUACUACCGAAUCUCCUCGGCUACCGAUAACAAAUUCUAGUAAUACUGUUACAAGUGAUGAUACUGAUAAACGCCAAAACAAUAAUCAAGUACAUAUAGACGUUGUUUCUAAGUUUCUCCAGCGUAUGGAAGAUAUAGAGAGAAAUGUUGCCAACUGCGAGAAGGGUACAGACGUUACGCUGGACCGGGGAGCGGUCACCUACGGACCGAAAAUGUUCCGUCGUCAUGCAAUGGUUGCAGUACAUAGAGCUAACCUUCUAACGCGAAUAUGGAAAAACAGUAGUAUAUAUAGCCAACUGGAAAAUAAUGAGUUGUUCUUUUAUUCGCUUGUGGUAUCUGUAGUUGAAAACAAUCCGGAUAUUUUUGCGUUUGGGAAUUGCCACGACAGAAGUCAAUUCGGAAAUUACACUGCGUUCUGCCCGUUCGCGUAUCGCCAAUCUAACGGAAUGAUUUUAGUGAAAGAUUUAUCAGUGUCAUACCACUAUCUAACAAAUCAAUCGGAGUUUUUUUGGGAAGCUCGUCAAAAAGCAGAAGAACUGUUAAAAACGAGGAAACCAAUGAAAGUCGAGUUUGCAUUUCGUUUCAACGAUACUGCACACCAGGAGACGUACUUAGAUGAGUACAUUAUGGUUCGUUACGAGGACGGCCAUUGGUCCCCACCAUAUUUCGACUGCGGUGGAGGAUACAUUUGGAUGAUGACGUAUACAAUCCCAUUUCUAGGAAUGGCAGAAAAUGGAACAUAUUUCUUUAAAGGGACAAGUGGCAUAGAUAUUGAUCUAAGGGACAUUGAUAUUGACCAAUGCCCAGUUGGUGAAAAUGCCAGUGACACGGAAGUUGACAACGUUUUUGCGGGUUCAGAUAAAUGCCACCGUAAAACACAAACGUGCAAAUUUGUCCCUGGAAGAGGUUUCCGACGAGGCUCAUACGUUUGCAUUUGUAAUAAGGGUUUCUAUUUCCCGAAUGAGACUGCGGAAGAACGCUUCUAUAAUGGGUCAGAUAUAGAGGAGGAGUUUCGAAAAUAUGCCUGGGGACUAAAUAACGUGUACAUGCAGCUAAACUGCUUACCAUGCGGCCAAGGAUGUGACGAAUGUACGAAUGAUCAACCCUGUAUAUUUUCUUACAACUGGGCCCUGAGGAACACUCUUCUAGCCGUUGAUUGUAUUGCGAUUACUGGCCUAUUUGCAUUGUUCUAUUUUACUAUAGCCAACAGAAACCUUAAGGUUGUAAAGGCAGCUAGUCCAAUGCUGCUGAGAAUUAUAUUGUUUGGUUCAUUACUUCUUUAUUGCCGGGUAUUGGCAGGCUAUAGUGAACUUACAUCUACAAAGUGCAUUCUACAGAAAUGGUUUCAGGUGGUCGGCUUCGCCACUUCUUAUGGCGCGCUACUUCUCAAAACAUGGAGGAUCGCUGUUGUUUUCAAGGUUCAAUCUGCGCUACGUGUUCGCAUUACAGAUGCAGAUUUAAUCAAACGACUAUGCGUCAUACAAAUCGUUUUUAUUGGCUACUUGGUGGCGCGCACCGCAAUAUCUCCACCCAAAGUUAUCACUGUGCAGUCAAUGAGCGGUGUCAAAUCAAUGCAGUGCUCCAGCGAUUGGUGGGAUCAUGCAGGCACUCUAGCUGAGCUGCUGUUCCUGCUCUGGGGUGUACGUUUGUGUUACAACGUAAGAAAAGCGCCCUCGGAAUUCAACGAAAGUCGUUUUAUAAGUUGGGCUAUUUACAACGAAACGUUACUGUCUGUAUUUUCCGGAAUCGCAUUUGCGCUGGCAAAAACUGUUAUAUGUUAUAUCUAUAUGGUCUAUAAAGGGAAGGGGGAUGUGAUCGAUACGAAAUUCAAGACAACAAUGACGCAGAUAAGUCAUCACAGGGCGAGCGUUGGCGACGUUUCGUGGUCACGACUUCCUCGUGGUUAUCCAUCAUCGGUAGCACCUACAAGUAGAACUGAUAACAUGGAGAAAUCGGAUAUACAGGUCGAAUUACGGAGACUGUAUAUGCAACUUGAGAUACUUAGGGAAAAGAGCAUGCGUCUAGGUAACCCGCACCUCAAACAUGAACUAGCGGCAGCUGCCGAAGCUUCCAAAGCCCUCGCAUCAGUACAGACUUGUAAGAAGAACCAUCAGUCUUUAGAAUCAUUAGGCCUGCAUGAGGAGUUACAGCCAUUAAAUGGAGAAGUGAACUGUAUUGAAGGUCAAUCGUCGCUUUUAGACAACAACUGCAAUUAUGACAAUUUAUGAAGCAAUUUAAUGACGUAUACGUCCAAUUCAUUUGCACGAUUUUUUUUUUUUGAGGCAUAUUUAUUCAAUAUUAAGAUUUCAUCUCUAGUCUAUAAAAGAGAUUAUGGUUUAAAUAUUUAUAAAAUUUUUAUACAAAAAAACAUACUGUAUAUUAUGUAUAUUAUGAUCCGAACAUGAGACGAGGAAGUAUGCCGUCAGAGAGAAGUAUUAUGAAGCAAGCGAACGAUAAUCUAGCGAAGAUAAAACGAAACAGCUGGUUAGAGGAAAUUACAAUGAAUAUAACAAUCAUCAUUGCCAAGAUGCUUUAUUCAACAAUUGAAAAUAAUCAAUACCUCAACCUCUUUAGCAUCGAUAUUGUCACCGUUACGUCAUACUAGCAAUACUCCACAAUAGUAAUUUAUUUUGUUCGAUUAUGCUCAAUGUCCUUUGAUUAUAUUCUUUACUGCUCUAGAGAAUAGAGUAUUAAACAAAAACAAACAAAAAAAAUCGUUGAAAAGCAAAUAUCGCACCGGAUUGUAUUUACUUUUGCGGGAAAAGUGUAAGCCUAUCAUACUGAAGAGCUGACUGUAGGCCUAGUUAUCGUCUGGACAGUUUGUAUUUGCAACAAUCGCUGUUUCUUUUCCUGAAAACUUGAAUGGUUAUCAUAAAAUUAAGAGAUUCCAUGCUAAUAUUUAAUCAAACAUGAAUUGCACAUUUGAGUUUUCGGGAAAAGAACAGCAAUGGUGAAAGUCCUGGACACUUCCCAGAGGAUAACUGGAGAUCGGGGCUCAAAGGCCAGAGCGUAGGGUCUGACGUUGGAGCCAGACUGUGCUUAAUUGUGUGUGUUUGGGGUGGGGGUGAGGAGUGAUUCUCCACUCCUGCCAAACAAUAAAUGAAUUCCAGUAAAUGCUGGUAGGCCUACCUAUCUAUACCCAUGGAGAGAGCGAAAGUGAUACACGUAUAUGAAGUGUCUUGCCCAAACACACAAGUAGGCCUAUAGCUUGCACGGCGAGGGUUUUGAGCCCCUGACCAACCAAAGGUUUGUUGAAUUCCAUGAAUUGCACAUAGUGAUAUACUCCACUACGAGUAUUUACUUUUGUGGACACAGGCGAUCGCAAUGACAAAAAUUAUAUAGGGCUUACAAUAUUCUGUAGUAGGGCUAACAACUUUUUCUACUAUGAGCGAACAGUCAUUAGAAACCUCGGUCCACUGGGAAAUUAACGUUGGUCAAGACAAAAAUAAUUCAUGCUACACUGGAUAAUUUAAGCUUCAAACUAGAAUUUGAUUAUUUUGAUACAUACUCCACAUUAUAAAGUUAUAAUCCACAGUGGGCCUAAGUAGGACUAGGUCAAUUCCAUAUGAUACGAAUGUAGAAUUCGAUCAGAAGGAUAUGACAUCAAAUAAUUAACCACCGAUUGUAUUCGAUUUUUCAAUAAACGGCAUUGUAGGUCGGCUUGUACGUGAAAAAUAUGUUGUUAAGAUGUUUAUAAAUACCCUACCGGUUAAAAAAAAACUUGAUGUAUUAACGUCAUGGGAACCACUCCGACGUCACCACGAAAAUGAAAAAUCAAAUAAUAUGCACAAUUCACAACUGAUGCAGGCAAUAAGUCAAUAUUAACCUGAUUAGCGGUAAUUUGUCAAUGUCGAAAAACGAACUGUUAUUCCGCCGUAUUCAACCAACCAAAAGACUACAAUUUUAUAGAAAAGCGCGUGGCAUACAGAUUUCCAUGGCUACUGACUUAAAUACGUCUUAGCACCAGUACUUUGAUCACAUAGACCUAGUUACUGUUUUCCGUAAUUUGUUGUAACCCGGAAACACAGAAACAUUCAUUUUUUUUUUAAAGUUUACAUUUUGUCCUGAAUUUAGGCCUACGCUAUAAUUAAGUAUAAAAUCGUCAUGAGAAUAAUAUGUAGGCCGCAUCAUGUCACCGCUUUUUGGAACAGCGGGACUAUGUCAAUUUGUGUGAAGUCUGUUCGGAUCGCAUUUGGUCCAUCAGGAAUACCAUCUAAUCAGGUCUUAGCCCACGGCAUAUAAAAUAACAUAGGCCUAGAUUUUUGAAUAGAAAGAAUGAUUACUGGAAUCGUGCAGUUAUUUAUUCCUCUUUCUUUUAAUACUCUAAAUAAUUUGAAGAUUAAAGUUAGUAAUGUUGCCAAACUUUCCAAGCAAAUAUAAAAGCUUUUCGUGUUUUAUUCCAUGCCUUAAGCCUAAUAGCCGUCGGGAGUAAAACCACAAUUCGCCGGGUAGAAAAAUUGUCUACAUAUUAGUAGACUCUGAAAUCGAUUUAAUAAGCAUUUGAAAUUCCUAAAUUGUCCACUUUGGAAAGUUUUGAGCGACGUCCAACAACGCCAGUUUGCGUCGGGGACAUCGCCAACUCCACCCUCCCCACCCCCACCCCGUAGCAAAUACUGGCGUUACCCCUGAAUAGCAGCAGAAUAAGGGAUUACCAGGGAUGAAGAGUUAAAUUUGUUAUUAAUUUAAGAUAAUUUAAAUAUUUAACCGUUUUGACGUUAAUGAUAACAAUAAUAAACGAUAAAUAUGAUGAUGAUGUUGAUGAUGAUGUUGAUAAAGCUUUCUCCCAUAGUAUCUGAAAUAUUCGGGCUGGGGCCCUAGAGGGGACCGUGUAGCCACAACGCUGACACUUGCACCGUUGUCCUGUGUUAUAGGCCUACACGUUAAACACUCGACCAAGGUGCUAAUAGUCUAUUUUAAAUGACGGUAUAACAUGUAUUUAACAGGGAAAGUCGAUUUAUGGCAUAGAUAGAACUACAACACAAAGACCGCUGCUGCCCUCACACAGUAGUUACCCCCCCCCCCCCAGUUUUAGCCAGCUGCACUACAAAUGGAUAUUUGAAUAUUUAAGAAAAUUGUGAGUCCUAAAACACAGUACUCGUAUACGGUAUAUCACAUAACACAGUGCUGAUGUCUGUAUAACAUACGGUACGGUAUAUCUUUUCAAAAUUAAAGAUCGGGUGUCACAGAGAUUUUGGCCCACCGAACGUUUUCCUCCAUCCCACUGCAUAAUUUUAUAAUGAAUAGGUUUAGCAACCGGGUGUGAGGUGGGGUGGAACUUGAUUUGUUCUGACGAGUGCCAAAUUUCAUAUACGUUCGUAGGCCGAACUCUCUGGCGAAGAUGUGAUCGAAAAUUCCUGUGACGCCAAUAUAUAAAAUGUUCGUAUACGUACUACCUGUAGAUUUUUGUAACGGUCUAUGAUAUGAAAAUGUGUAUACCUCGAUACCUGUAGAUAUGGCCACACUGUUAACUAUAAUUAUACUAUUUGUCUGUUCUGUAUUGUAAUUUUUACUAUAAGAAGGUAGGCCUAUGCAAGUGCAAAUAAACAAUCCGUAUUUGAAACGAGUAAAACGUGUACAAGAUAUUGGUAAUAAAAACAUGUUUGCUAUG